AUGCUCAGGAUACCAGGGUUAGCUCAAGAGAACAGGGAACUCUCAGAACCACCAGGGGGCGCUCAGGACACCAGGAGGCUCUUAGAACCGCCAGGGGGCGCUCAGGACUAUAAGGCAGUGCUCAGGACACCAGGCCUAAAAUCUCUUGUGGGCAAAACAGCAACAAAGGCAUCCACCAGGGUUGAACAUCCCGUGUUGCUGACAGCGACCACCGGGGGUCAGCAUCGUCUUCACAAUCCUGUGUCAGAGCAUCUCCUGAAACCACCAGGGGGCGCUCAGGACACCAGGAGGCUCUUAGAACCGCCAGGGGGCGCUCAGGACUAUAAGGCAGUGCUCAGGACACCAGGGUUAGGUCAAGAUAGCAGGGAACGCUCAGAACCACCAGGGGGCGCUCAGGACACUAGGGGGCGCUCAGGACUUAAGGGUUCUCUUGGGUGGCGGCUCCCUAUCAAGUGCUUGGGGAUGCAUCCUUCAAGAAUAUGCCAAUCACUGAGGCUAAUACAGAUAACUCUGUGCCCUGAGAGCAUCACCCAACAACCACACCCUCCUCGGGACCACACCCCACCAACAGCACAGCUCCUCACCGUGGACAGGACCUACAGGAUCCUCUUCUUGGUGGCAGCAGCCACAGGUGCCCACUCCCAGGUUCAGCUGGUGCAGUUUGGGCCUGAGGUGAAGCAGCCUGUGGCCUCAGUGAAGGGUUUCUGCAAGGCUUCUGGUUACAGCUUUACCACCUAUGGUAUGAAUUGGGUGAGACAGGUCCCUGGAGAAGGGCUUGAGUGGAUGGGAUGGAUGAACACCAACCCUGGGAACCCAACGUAUGCCCAGGGCUAAACAGGAUGAUUUGUCUUCUCCAUGGACACCUCUGUCAGCAGAGUGCAUCUGCAGAUCAGCAGCCUAAAGGCUGAGGACACUGCUGUGUAUUACUGUAUGAGAGACACAGUGUGGAAACCCACAUCCUGA